GGAGCUCACCCCCCUGCAACAUUUAAUGUCGGCGCAUCAUUCAUUGUUUUCUUCCUUUUGCCUGAACAUCCUCACCCACAGAUAUUUUAUGUAUAGCGACGAGAGAAAAUGGCGAGAUUGUCAGGACUUCAAAGAGAGGUUCUCGCGCUUUAUAGGAAGUGCUUGAGAGCAAGUAGAAAGAAGCCGGCUGAGGCAAGAAAGCAUUUUGAAGCAUAUGCGAGACUGGAGUUCAAUAAGAGUAUAACUUUAGACAAGAAGGAUUUCAACACGAUCGAGUACCUUCUGCGGAAAGGACAGCGACAGGUUGACAUGUAUUCUUCGCCUGGUAUUAAAGAUAUUCGAUGAGCAAACCUACAUGGACAAUGGAGAUGUGUUGUUUUUGGACGCUGGCAGAUCGAGGAUGAAGCUUUGGCAGGAAAGGGCAGGCGCAUUGCACGUCGAUGAGACUCUUUAAUUACUCA